CUUCAUUUUGCUCUGCUCUUUGCAAUCACCUUCCUUAGUUUACUUUGAUUUGCAAACAAGAAAACAUGGAGGUUGCACUUGAAGUUGCAGGCAUAGUUCUCUCUCCCUUCCUCCAAGUCUUAUUUGAAAGAAUGAUCUCUCGCAGUUUCCAUGACUCCUUGUGGGGGCAAAAACUCACCGACAAACUCCUAAGAAAGUUGAAGAUCGCGCUGUUGACUGUGACUGCAGUGCUCGAAGACGCGGAGGACAGGCAAUUUACGGAGACAAGUGUUAAAGAGUGGCUCGACGAGCUGAAAGAUACUGUGUAUACUUCAGAAGACAUUUUGGACGAGAUUGCUACACAAGACUUGCGACGCAAGUUGGAUUCUGAAUUUGGAAUCAAUAUUCUUAGUAAGGUACGUAACCCCAUCUCUACUUCUCCUUUUGACGUCAAUAAGAUAGUAGAGGAGAUAAAUGAUGUAAUUGACAGAUUAGAAGACCUUGCAAAAGAAAUAGGUGUUUUAGGUCUGAGAGCAGGUGUUGGGGGGCAACCAUUAGAAAGAGUGCCCACGACAUCUUUGAUCGAAGAAUCUAGCAUUUGUGGUAGAGAUGUUGAAAAGGAGGAUAUAAUUAAGUCACUGCUCUCUGACUCUGAUGAUGCGAGUGGCAGUGACAUAGGUGUGAUUGCCAUAGUGGGCAUGGGGGGAAUUGGCAAAACCACCCUUGCUCAGCUUGUAUAUAAUGACAACAAGGUGAAUGAGCAUUUUGACCUUAAAGCAUGGGUUUAUGUUUCAGAUACAUUUGACGUGGUCAUGGUGAUGAAAACAGUUCUAGAGGAAGUAGGUUCGCUUGCUAAUGCUGAUAGUAAGAAUCUAAAUCAGCUUCAAAUUAAACUCAAGGAGACGUUGAAAGGAAAGAAGUUCUUACUUGUUUUAGACGAUGUUUGGAAUAAGAAUUAUGCCAAAUGGGAGGUCUUAAGUAAUGCUCUGAAAUAUGGGGUACAAAAAAGUAGGAUCAUCGUAACAACACGUGAUCAGGAGGUUUCAUCAGUAAUGCUCGCUAGUGCAACUUUUCUUAUAAGGGAGUUGCCCAUAGAAGAUUGUUGGUCGCUAUUUGUAAAAUAUGCAUUCCACAAUGGUAACUCUAAUCAACGUCUGCAGCGAGAAGUAUUACGGAGAAGAAUUGUUGAAAAGUGCAAAGGCCUACCUUUGGCAAUCAAGGCAAUUGGGUCUCUCUUGCGGCCUAAGUUAGAUGUUGAGGAAUGGUAUAAAGUAUCGAGAAGUGAAUUAUGGAAUUUGCCAAUUGAGGAAACAUGCAUCAUUCCUGCUCUAAGAUUAAGUUAUAAAUAUCUUUCACCAAAUUUAAAACGAUGUUUUGCAUACUGCUCCAUAUUCCCAAAAGGUUAUGCUUUUGAAAGAAACAAAUUAGUCUUAUUAUGGAUGGCAGAAGGUUUCUUGCCGGAACACAAAAAUAAAACAAUGGAAGAAGUUGGUGACGAUUACUUCCAUGCUCUUGUAUCGAGAUCAUUAUUCCAACAAUCAAGUGGCAAUAAAUAUAUAAUGCAUGACCUUGUUAGCAAUUUGGCAAAAUUUAUAUCUAGACAAUUUGCUUUAAGCCUUGAUGAUGACUGUUCUUAUGAAAUUGGAUCCAAGACUCGCCAUUUAUCGUAUUCUCGUAAAAAAAUUAUUAGUAGGAAGCUUGAGAUGUUUGGUGGUCAAAAGAAGUCUGAGAUCUUUCCUGAAGCAAAGAGGUUGCGCACUGUCCGAGAAUUAAGUUCCAUUUGGGACGGUAAGUUCUACAUGUCUCUAGCCGAAUUUCCAUUGCCAAAGACAAGAUGUUUACGGGUGCUCAUUUUAUCUAAGCAAGAGGAGGUAACUAAGUUGCCAUAUUUAACUGGUAAUCUUAUACAUCUACGAUAUUUGGAUCUUUCUUACACUCCGAUUAAAAGUUUACCUGGUUCCAUAUGUAAGUUGUGCAACUUACAAACACUGAAUUUAUCACAUUGUUGGGAUCUUACUGCCUUGCCAAGAGAUAUGCAUAAACUCGUUAAUUUGCGUCAUCUUGAUAUUUCUGGAACUUAUGCUAUGAAAGAGAAGCCAAAACAUCUGGAUAGACUAAAAUGUCUCCGGACAUUAACUAUAUAUGAGAAAUGAUGUGGAUACGAAAUCUCCAAAGAGCUCCAUUUGCGCGUCUCUCUCCAAAAAUCAGUAAGACGACUGGAACAGCCCUGCACUAGAAGACUGAAGACUCCAUUUACGCAUCUCUCUCCAAGGUUGUGGAGGUUUCAACUUCCAAAACUGGGAAGCAUGGACCUGCUAAGUGCCACUUUGUUGUAAUUGACAUUUUCACUUCCAAGAAGCUUGAGGAUAUAUAUUGUUCCCUCGUCCCCCAACUGUAAUGUUCCCCAUGUCAACAGCAGAUUGAUAUAUCUGAGGAUGGAUUUGUAUGCUCAAGCUUUCCCGUUGAUUACUUUCUUGGAUUUAAGUGAACUUAAAAGAAAUGUAAUAUUUCGUUAAAUGCUUCAGGUGAUUCUGCUGACUGAGAAUGUUAUUAUGCAGAUCAAGGAUGGAUUAACAAGAGGGAAAAUAUCUGGUUGUUUCAGUGAUGUCUGCUAUGGGAGAGGAGCAGAUCUGUGCUCUCAAGGACAUUGGCCCCAAGUAGUUUUCCUCCAUGUGUGGGGAAAACUUCAAGACUUGGAACUUUAAAUUAGCAGAUAAUACUUCAAGACAGUGAUCUUAUGUGAGUUUGGGAACAUUCUUGUGGCAAGACUUUGCCAUUACCAAUUAGCUUUUUAUAAGCAAUAUUUUUCUUCUGUUUGAUUUUUUUGUUUUUUUGAAAAACUCUGUUUGAUUAGUACUGAACCAUUUACGGGUUCAUGGUGUUGAGAAGUUAUAUCCGCCAACAAAUACUGUAUUGUAUUUACACUUAUUGGCAUCUCGAUCAUGUUGUUUCAAA